AUGACCCAGCUGGAGCCCAACCCGGUGCUGUCACUGCCCCACUGCCGCACCCGCCCUGGUCAGGGUACUGUGGGUUAUAGGGUUGGAGUGCUGUGGGUUAUACGGUUGGAAUGGGGUGGGUUAUGGGGUCAGGCUGCUGUGGGGCACAGGGUCAGGGUGCUCACACGUUGCCCCUCUCCCCCAGCUCUCCUCCUGGCUGUAAGGAUCAACAGCAAAGGCCGUGAGGUGCUGUACUUGGCCAAGGGAGACUCAGUGAAGCUGGGUUGUCCCUACGUCCUCGAGCCUGAGGACAACGGUCCCCAGGGUGUGGGAAUUGAGUGGAUUCAGAUCACACCUGAGCGCACCGGCCCCGAAAAUGUGUUCCUUUCCUACCACGACCACCACGUCAACUACGGCAGCGGUUCGGGGCUGCAGGACCGUGUGGCCUUUGUGCAGAACGACCCAGGGCAGCACGAUGCCUCCAUCCGCCUGGCAGACCUGCAGGUCUCUGACACUGGAACCUAUCAGUGCCGUGUCAAGAAGAACACCGUGGCCGUGCACGAGGUCAUCGUCACCGUGCAAGAGAAGCCGGCCACUCCACAGUGCUGGACUGAAGGAGAUCAGGUGCUGGGCAGCAGCAUUUUGCUGCGCUGCUACAGCCGAGGAGGGGCCGCACCGCUCGGCUACCAAUGGGCCAAGCUGGCAGAUGGCUAUGGAGGAGGACGGCUGCCCCAAGGAAGCAUCCAAGGCCGUGCUCCCGGUGAUCUCCUGAUCCGCAGCCUUUCGGAGGCUCACGCUGGUGUCUACCAAUGCCGGGUCACCAACCGUGUGGGUUACGCCACGUGUCAGCUCAGCAUCAGCCCUGCACAGAGUGAGUGCCACCAGGGGGGCGUGGGGGGUCCCUGUGGGGUGAUGGUGACGGUGACAGGCUGUGUUUGUCCCCGUAGGAGGUGGCCGCCAGGCGGGCGUCAUCGUGGGCUCUGUGUUGGGCUCGUUGCUGCUGCUCAGCCUCCUGGGGCUGCUCAUCGGGGCUCUGCUCUGCCGUUACCGUAGGAAGGAGUGCCAGAGGACCUGCAGCGAGUGCAGGUGAGGGGCAGGGGGAGGUGGGGAUGUGGGGAUUUAGGUGAGGACAUGGGGACAUGGGGACAUGGGGACGUGAGCAUGUGUGGGCAUGGGGACGUGGGGAUAUGGAGUUGUGGGGACGUGGAAUGGGGGAUAUAGGGAUUUAUGGGGAUAUAUGGGGUGGGCACCAAUGGGCACUGAGCCCAUGGGCAGCACUGGGUGCCACUGGGGACCAGUGGGUGUCAGUGGGGAUCAAUGGGUGGCCACUUGUAUGUAUGGCCACCACGUGUCACCUCUGGGUGCCACCAGGAAUGGGUGCUGCUGGGAGAUGAUAGGUGACAACGGGCACUGAUGGGCAUCAAGUGAUGCCAACAGGCACUGCUGGAGGGGCCACCAAGCACUGAUGAGGAGCAAUGGGGGACGAUGUGUCCCACCAAGCAUUCAUGGCACCGAUGGCUGCCACCAAUGGGGUCCAACCAAGAGCUGAUGGCAUCCAUAGGUGCCACCAAGAGCUCAUGGCACUGAUGGGUGCCACCAGGUGGGUCCAACCAAGAGCUGAUGGCAUCCAGUGGUGCCACUAAGAGCUGAUGGCAUUCAUAGAUGCCACCAAAGAACUGAUGGCACCAACAGGAGCCACCAAGUGCUCAUGGCACCGAUGGCUGCCACCAAUGGGAUGUAAACAAGAGCUGAUGGCAUCCAUUGGUGCCACCAAGGGGAUCCA